AUGGACUCUGCAUACCCUCACGCCCCAGUAAUGGGACAAUCUCCCUUCUUCUACUAUAACCCGGAUCCUAAGCCAGAUAACCGCCAACACGGCCAUUUCUCCCAGCAUCCACAUAAUGUCCAAGUCCCAGUGUACCACCCACAGCCGCCAAUGCAGCCGCAGAUGUUCAAUUCCGGAUUUGCGGGCAACAUGACUCCUAUGGCAUCCCCUCGCCCGAUGUACCAGAAGCCAACGAUUCUGAUUCAGGAGCAUGCUCCUCGGAUGAAGAUGGAGCCACAAAUCAACGAUGCUGACAUGUACUACUACCCAUCAACACCACCCUUGUCCUCAUCUGGAAGCACCUUGAGCAGUCCAUCAACCUGCGAGUCUCUGCACACACCCAUGCACACUGUAUUCCUCGGCCUUGAGGGAUUUGAAGGAGUAAAGGAGGGUUGUGAGAGCGAUGUACAGUCUGAGAAUCUUGCCGGCGGUGACUGGGCCCGAUGCGGAUCACCACCAAUGACCCCAGUGUUCAUCCACCCAAAUUCGCUUACCAGCCACGCUAGUGAACUCCUGUCUGCGACAAGCUGCCCUUCGCUCUCUCCCAGUCCAUCUCCUUACCCACGAUCCGUCAUCUCAGAACAAGACUUCGACUUCUGCGAUCCAAGAAAUCUUACCGUUGCAUCGUCUGCAUCUCCAUCAUUGACCAGAACGGCAGCUGAAUUUCCCGCACUCCCCACAUUGUGCGCAGGAGACGACGAGGAGCACCGUUUCAUGCUAGGGGGUGAUACCUUCCACAAAGUUGAGCAGUCCCAAAACGCCAAGUUUAACUUCACCGCCUCAGCGCACCACGGACUUCCUGCAUUCGAUCAAUUCUCUGACCUCGACUCGGAAGAAGACUUCGUCAACGGACUGGUCAACUUCCCUACCACAGAUAACGCACAGUACUUUGGCACCAAGAGACAACGAACCUGUUCCGGUUCCGACCUCAUCUCCCUCAACAGCGAACCCUUCAUUGCUGAGGAAGAUUUCGAAGAGUACGAGGACUUUGAGGACUCUGAGCAAUUUGCCGUUGCCUGCCUUCCAAGCCCACCUGCAUCGGGAUCCGAGACUGAGGUGAAGAAGGAAAAGAAGACCAAGAAGGCCAAGAAAGCUCGCCGUGACGAGGAAGACGACUCAACAGACUUUGACAACCUUGUCAGGUCACGCAAAUACACCGUCCCAAUGAACUCCGCAUCAGCACCAGAGGGCUCGACUGAGGGUCAACAACACUACUCUGCCAGCCACAGUCACUCUGGUUCAUCCGAACGCCACGCUACUGAAAGUGUAAUGGGUUCAGAGGCCGGUAACACACCAAGCAACGCACCCGUCAACCGACGUGGCCGCAAACAAUCUCUCACCGAGGAUCCAUCCAAAACCUUCGUCUGUGAUCUCUGCAAUCGCCGUUUCCGAAGACAAGAACAUCUCAAGCGUCACUACAGAUCUCUUCACACUGAGGAUAAGCCAUUCGAGUGUCACGAGUGUGGAAAGAAAUUCUCCCGCAGUGACAACCUCUCUCAACACGCACGUACUCACGGCAGCGGAGCUAUCGUGAUGGGUGUGUUGGAGGAUGGCGAAUUACCCGGCGAUCACAUGUCAGGUAGUGACAGUGAACGAGUUCGUCAGCUUGGCGGUGUCCUGUUCAAUGUUGCCCAGAACAUUUCAGGCAGCGAAAGCGAGGGAUCGUCAGGUACCGAUAGUCAAUCCCGCAAGAAGCGCAAGCGGUCCGAUUAA